AGGGUAAACAAACUCGCCACGGUUGUGGGUCGUUCUGACUUUGAUGAAUAUCCAGUGCUAUCCAGUGCUAUCCAGUGCUAUCCAGUGCUAUCCAGACCAUCCUGCCCUCCGCUGUGGUUCGCCGCCCAAUGGUGAAAGAAUUGGGAAUCCGAUCCAGAGGUUCGAACCGUGGCCGCUUACACCCAGGUCUCAAGUCAAGCGCUUGACCGUGCCACUAGACUAAAUCAUGUGGUAGAUCCCCUGGGAAGGGUCAAAGGUGUGCCGGCUAAUUGGAACUAUACAGUCAUGCGGAGUGAAGUGAAGACUCUCGGGGGCAAGAUUUCACUUUGGCCUCUCUCUCUCUCU